AAAUCAGCCGGCAGCAGACGACGGAAAGCAGCCUAUGGCCAUCAGCAGACUCCCGAAUCAACGAUGAAACGCGCAGCAACACAGAAGGUUCCUAAUAGAACCGAUUCUUCACGUUAUCCUCGUCUUCGUCUCUCCAGGACUCGGCGAACCAUGGACGCACCUUCCUCCUCAACUCCUUUCUCCAUGUAUAUAACACACACACCCAUAUCAUCCCCAACGAUCCAAGUUCUCUUGAUGCUUCUACCUAUUUCCAUUUCCAGGUGAAAACACGCAUACACGACCAAAUACUUAGAAUUUACUCGCCAUGUCUCCCGUUUGUCUGAACCAAUUUCCAAUGGAAAACGUAUCCUUGAACAUCAUUCCACUCUUUUGCGUGGCGUUUUGUGUCGUCGACUUCUUCGCGUUUCAUGUGCUUCUCAAGUUUUUGGCAAGAUCCGUGUCUUUCAUUGAACCCAAACUCGGGUCGUUUCAAGAUUCGGAAGAUCAUGCUGUGAAGAACGGCCAGAAUUUGGCCGAUUUGCCAUACCGAACGCCUUGCUCGAGUGAGAACAGAGAAGAAGAAGAAGAAGAGAAGAAGAAGGAUACGUACGCAGAGAAGACUUGGAGGUGCUGAUGGAGGGGUUGGGGAUCUCUUGCGACCCUGAAGAAGAUGAUGAGUGCCUUCAGGAGACGUUGGGGUCCGAUGAGAUCUCGAAUUUGUUUGAAGAGAAGGGGCCGAGCAUGGACGAGGUGAAGGCGGCUUUCGACGUGUUUGAUGAGAACGGUGAUGGGUUCAUUGAGGCGAAGGAGUUGCAGAGAGUUCUGUGUGUUCUGGGAUUCAAGGAGGGUUUAGAGGUGGAGAAUUGCAGGAGGAUGAUCGAUGCGUUUGAUAAGGAUGGAGACGGGAGGAUAGAUUUUGGGGAAUUUUUGAAGUUCAUGGAGAACACCAUCUGUUGAGUCAAUUCUUUUUGGAAGACGUGUAAAGAUCUGUUGCAGAAUUCAAUCAAGUCCAACAAAUCCAAUCCUAUAUAUUUUUUGGUUCUCCACUUGUAAUAAUGUUACUAUCUCAGCACCAUGUAUAAAAAUAAUCAAAAUGAGGAAGCAGGCAGAUACGUACUAGUGACAUUUAUCAAACAAAUUCUUGGGAUAUCAUAUCCAAAUUCCUUCCGGCA